AGCACCGGUUUGCGAAAGAGAAAAAACACAAAAGAAACCCUAGAGAGAAAAAAUCUCUUUCUUUUGUCUCUCCCAUGGCUGCGAAAAACUCCAAACGUAGCAGCAGUUCUCUGGGGACUACGGACGAAGUGAAGAAAGUCUUCAACAAGUUCGACAAAAACGGAGACGGUAAAAUCUCGCGCGACGAGUUGAAGGAUAUUCUUCAUGCGUUGGGUUCUCAAACGACAUCCGACGAGGUGAGUCGCAUAAUGUCAGAGAUUGACAAGGACGGCGACGGUUUUAUCAGUCUAGACGAGUUCGCUGAGUUUCACAUGGGAGGAUCAUCGUCAUCGGCUUCAUCCACGAAGGAGCUUCGUGACGCGUUCGAUUUGUACGACCUCGACAAGAACGGAUUAAUCUCGGCUAAGGAGUUACACGAGGUUCUGAGGCGGUUGGGAGAGAAGUGCACGCUUGUCGAGUGUUCGAAGAUGAUUAGUUCGGUCGAUAAGGACGGUGAUGGACAUGUCAAUUUCGAAGAGUUCAAGAAUAUGAUGAAACAAGGUUAGAGAGGCCUCUGAUAGUUUAGAUUUCUGACUUGGUUUGGUAGUGUAGUUUGAGUAAUAUUUUUAUUUUUUAAAAAAUAUGUGUGGUGGGUGAAAAAGUGUGUGAUGAUGUGUGUAAUCGUUUAAAAACUGAAAAUAUGUUUAAAAUAUUCCACCAAUUGGGCUUCUAAUUAUCCUAAUGUAGCUUUGGAGUCGGAGAUUUUAGUUAAUGCAUUGACAUAGCUUAAUUGAACUUGUA